GGAAAUGAUUAACUGAAAAAACGAGAGUGAGUUGAUGGAAGUAAAUAAAUAAAUAAGUAAAUAAUAUUCAUCAACAUUUUAUUUAAUUAAUUAAUAAAAUAUAAGUGAUAAAUUAAUUAUUAAGCCUAAAUUUCUUCAUCGAAUACAGUUUAAAUUUCAAAAAUAAUUUAUUGGAACGCUUUAUUUUAAAUUAAAAUAUUUUUACUAACCAAAAAAUAUCUCCAGAUUUUCCGGUUCAUCGCUAAUAGACCUUCAGCAUAAUAACAGAUAAAAAUUCACCAGGUGAUGAAAAAAUUAAAUCCGUGAGCGCAUUUAGAUCUGAAGUUACAAGCAAUCCACACACUUGAUCUUUAACAAAAUUAUUAUUUUAUAAAAUGGCGAAACAUCAUGCGGAUUUGAUAUUUUGUCGAAAACAGCCGGGUGUUGCUAUUGGACGUUUGUGCGAAAAAUGUGAUGGCAAAUGCGUGAUUUGCGACAGCUACGUACGUCCUUGCACCCUCGUAAGAGUUUGCGACGAAUGUAACUACGGUUCCUAUCAAGGACGAUGUGUAAUUUGCGGAGGGCCAGGAGUCUCGGAUGCUUAUUACUGUAAAGAAUGUACUAUUCAAGAAAACGACAGAAACGGAUGCCCGAAAAUAGUUAACUUGGGCAGUUCUAAGACUGACCUGUUCUAUGAAAGGAAAAAAUAUGGAUUUAAGAAACGUUAAAUUUAAUAAAUUAUAUUGGUAAUAAUUUUCAAACUUUGAUAAUUAAAUAAAAAAAUAUACAUCUUAACAAA